AUGGCAAAGUCAUUGGAGGCGAUUGUCAACCAGCUGGAGCCGCAGCCCCGGACGAUCAUUCUGGGAAUUGAUAAUCAGGCGACCAUUGCGAUCGCACAGCCGUCUACUACAGCCUCGUGGAGGACAAGGCACCUACGUGUGAGGGCGGCCUACAUACAUGAGCAGGUUGAAUCGAAUCAGGUUCAAAUCCGGUAUGUUCCGGGGAAACAGCAGUGGGCGGACCUACUCACCAAGAGCUUCCCUCGGCAGCGCUUAUUUGAGCUUACUGGCCUGUGGGGUUUUGUGGAUCGUGUUCAUGAAGCUUCUAAGAAGGCGGUGGUGAAAGCGAUGUUGAUGUGUAUGGUGGUCCAGACUACCCGCGCUCAGGAGCACCCGGAGCCCCUUGCUAUCAAUACCUCCCUCGAGCUCUACGUGAUGAUCCUGGUGCUGGGUAUAGCGGUGGUUGGACUUUGGGAGUUCAUAUGGCUAUGCAGCCGCUUCACCUACCGGGACCAACCGUGGACCUCCAACUACUCCACCAAGACCAAGGAGGGCAUCCACCUCUAUGUCAUCAUUAUCAGCCCCCUCUUCGGUGCUGAAUUCUCCUAUGCCAAGGAGACCACCGAGAUCAAUGAGGACUAUGUGCCGAUUGUUGAGUACCUUGACCGCGAUGUACCGGUACCUGUCCCAGUUCGCGAGUGGCACCCCGGACCACUUUAUGUCACCCCUCAUGGCGAUACCUUUCAUACCCAUGAACGAUGUUGGGGAUUGAGGAAUGCUAGAUCGCGUCCUUUGCGAUUCUGCCAACGUUGCCGUGAUAAUGGUGGUCAUUCACUGCGCGAACGCCAUGGGUGA